AUGUUCUCAGGUUUAGAUAAACGUAAAGUGAUUAAAACUGCUGGACAACAUAAACAAGAUCAAAAUUCUAUUGAGAAAAUAGAAACACAAGUUUUUUUGUGCAAGAGAAAAGCUGAAGAAUCAAUUUCUACAGGGCCACUUAAAAUUAUUCACACCAAACUUUUAAAUUCAUCUUCAACAUCAAAUUUAAACAAUCAAAAUGUAAGAAAUGUAUCAAAAGCAAUGUAUGAUAAACAGAAGCAGACCUAUCCUAAAUUACCAACUUCUUUGGAUGAAGCAAUUUAUCAAUGA